AGCGCGGGGACUUUAUCUUCUACAGCAACAGAAUCAUCAGACUGCUCGUGGAGGAGGGGCUCAACUACCUUCCCGUGGUGGAGCAGACUGUUGCAACGGCCACCGGGAACGACUAUAAUGGUGUGCAGUUCCAGGGCAAGAUAUGUGGUGUCAGUAUCAUGCGUGCAGGCGAGUCUAUGGAGCAAGGUCUCCGCGACUGCUGCCGCUCAGUUCGCAUCGGCAAGAUCUUGAUUCAACGGGAUGAAGAGACUGCACAGGCCAAGUUGUACUACUCCAAGCUGCCAGAGGAUAUUGCUCAUCGCUGGGUCUUUUUGCUCGACCCCAUGUUGGCUACAGGCGGUUCUGCCAUCAAGGCAGUGGAGGUACUUCUGGAACGCGGCGUUCCUGAGGAGCACAUUAUCUUCCUCAACCUCAUCUCAGCGCCAGAAGGUAUCGCGACAUUCAAGAAGAACUUCCCAAAGCUGCGUGUCGUGACAGCCUUCAUCGACAAAUGCCUCGAUAAGAACAAUUACAUUGUACCUGGACUGGGCGACUUCGGCGACCGUUACUACUCAGAAUAGGAUUGCUUGUCAAGGCAGAUGCAUGCGAUGAUAGAAGUCGUUGAAGCCAAGGGGUUGGAUGCCGUUCAUAACGAUAAUAUACACGGAUGUUACAAUGCCAGUCAGGCCAAUCAUCCUUCUAGUCAUACUCCAGUUCAUCAUCGUCGUCGUCAUAGUCGUC